UCAUGCUCCCAAAAUGGGACACAAAGUGGUCGUGUUCGACAUUUCUGUCAUCAGAGCCUUGUGGGAGACGCGCGUCAAGAAGCACAAAGCUUGGCAGAAGAAGGAGACAGAAAGGCUCGAGAAAAGUGCAUUGGAAAAGAUAAAGGAGGAGUGGAACUUCGUGGCCGAGUGCAGGAGAAAAGGCAUCCCCCAGGCUGCGUACUGCAAGAAUGGCUUCGUAGACACCAGCGCGAGGCUUUUGGAAAAGAUCGAAAGGAACACUUUCGCGAGGCAGAGUUCACUUUCCAAGGAGAGAGACAAACGGAGGAGUCCGUUUGUGUUUGAGCUUUCGGGGGAGCAGUGGACGGAGCUCCCGGAUUCACUGAAGGAGCAGACGCACCUGCAAGAAUGGCACAUCACUAAUACCCUGAUUCAAAUCAUUCCUACCUACAUUGAGCUGUUUCAAGCAAUGAGAAUUCUGGAUCUGCCAAAAAACCAAAUCUCCUGUCUUCCGGCUGAAAUUGGUCACUUGAAGAACCUGAAAGAACUCAAUGUGAGCUUCAACCUUCUGAGAAGCAUCCCUCCAGAAUUGGGGGACUGUGAAAAUCUAGAGAAACUGGAUUGUUCUGGAAACCUAGAAUUAACCGAGCUCCCCUUUGAAUUAAGUAACUUGAAGCAAGUUACAUUUGUAGAUAUCUCAGCAAACAAGUUUGCCAGUGUCCCGAUCUGUGUCCUGAGGAUGUGUAAUUUGCAGUGGUUGGAUAUCAGCAACAAUAUCCUGAAUGACCUGCCCCAAGAUAUAGACAGGCUAGAAGAACUGCAGACCUUUCUCUUGUAUAAGAACAAGCUGACCUAUCUUCCUUAUGCCUUGCUUAACCUAAAGAAGCUCACCUUGCUAGUCGUCAGUGGGGACCAUUUGGUGGAGCUCCCGACUGCCCUGUGUGACUCAUCCACACCUUUAAAAUUUGUAAGCCUUAUGGACAAUCCUCUUGAUAAUACCCAGUGUCAAGAUGGCGUUGAAGUGAUGGAAAGUGAACGAGAUCGUCAAUGCUUUGAUAAAGAAUUUUUGAAAGCCUAUCUUGAAGAUGUUAAAGAAAGAGAAUCUGUUCCCAGCUAUACCACCAAAGUAUCUUUUAGCCUUCAGCUUUGAUACCAUCCACUAGAAGACUGCAGAAUCUCCCUGUACUGCCAAGCUAUAAAUCUUGGUGUCUUGGAAUAAUGGUUUGCGCUUAAGGACAAAGUCUAGAAACCACAGUCCUAGUUAGGAAAAAUGAUUUUCAGAUUUCACAUUUGUGAAUACUU